UGGCAGCACUUACGCUUUCGUCUAGGCACGGCGACUUUUGAUCGGUGUUCCUGUCAGCUCAGCCAUGGCUGGUCUAACUAAGACGCUGAACAAGCUCACCGAACCCGCGUUCAACUGGGCCUCCCAAUGGUACCGUGGUAUUGUUGGCGCUCAACUGAAAAAAUACGGUCUUCGGUAUGACGAUCUCUACGAUCCGUAUUACGACCUUGACGUUGCCGAAGCCCUCAAGCGACUGCCUCAGGCGGAGGUAGACGCGCGGAACCAGCGGCUGAAGCGUGCCAUUGACAUCUCCAUGAAGCACACCCACCUUCCCAAGGAGCUUCAGGAAAAGCAAACGCCUUACGAGUUUUACCUGCAGAAGGAACUUCACAAGAUCAAGUUGGAGAGGGAGGAGAGAAAGGCUCUUGGAUCAGACAUGCCAUACAAUCGCCAAAUCCCGUAAAGGACGUAGGAACACCUUUGAGCACUCCAGGUUUCCACAUGCUGCUUUUUGAGUCGGGGCGAUGUUAACAGGUCCUUCACAGCUUGGCUGGUCUGGUUCACUAGCAUUGAUGGGCUUGUGAGACUGCAUGACCAAAAGUUUCGUGUCUGCGCCUGACUAGAUUAGACAUGCAUAUAAGAUUAAACCUGCAUCUUGGAAUAUGUAUCUAUUUGCUAGAGUGCCCAUUCGUAUGAUACGGUACAUUUGGCCCAUUCUGUGAACAAUCCAUUUUGUAACUC